UAAAACGUAUUUAAAAAGAACGAUUGUAAUUAAAAGAAAAAGAAGAGGAAAAAAAAUCGAUUAAAUCUCGAUUAAAAUAGUGUGCUAACUCUUAUCGUACGUUUAUUUAGUGUAUAGUGCAUCAGAAUGUAAGAAAGGGUUAUUCAUUCUUCGGAAAAUCAUACAGUGAGAAAAAAAGAAGAAGAGAGAAACUAUUGGUUGGAAAAGAGGGAAAAAUUGAACAAAUGAACCCCGCGCUUGUUUAAUUUACUCUUUUUCCCCCUCUCUUUUUCCUUCUCUUUCUCUCUCUCUCUCUCUCUCUCUCUCUCUCUCGUUACGCGCGAGAGAGAAAGAAAGAAGUUCUGUCGAACGUGCAUGCCGUUAACGAUGUAGAAGAUCUUACUGCAGAUGGCCGUAAUUCACUAUUGUAAAUCAAAAGUUUAACAGUUAUCAUGGAACAUGAUAUAAGCGAUGAAAACUUGAACAUAAGUGAUGUCAUCGAGGUCAUCAAAACUACCGACCCUGGUUUUGUGGAAUCUAACGGACACAUGGAUCAAGACAAGAUGGAAAUUAAUAGAAAGCACAUGGCACAACCUUAUGUGGAGAUAGUAGAACAACCUGCAAGCAAAAGCUUGCGCUUUCGUUAUGAAUGUGAAGGUAGAUCUGCUGGUAGUAUACCUGGAGUUAACAGUACACCGGAAAACAAAACUUUUCCUACUAUAAGAAUAGUAGGCUAUAAAGGUCGAGCUGUGGUAGUUGUAUCUUGUGUAACAAAAGAUUUACCAUACAGACCUCAUCCCCAUAAUCUCGUUGGCAAAGAAGCAUGUAAACAAGGCAUCUGUACGCUUGAAAUUACAUCUGAUAACAUGACUGUAACUUUUGCUAAUUUGGGUAUCCAAUGUGUCAAGAAAAAAGACAUAGAGGAAGCACUGAAAAUCAGAGAAGAAAUUCGUGUCGAUCCUUUUCGAACUGGUUUUGAACAUAGAAAACAACCUACUAGCAUCGAUCUUAAUGCAGUGAGACUAUGUUUUCAAGUAUUUUUAGAAGGAACACGAAAAGGAAAAUUUACUCAUCCAUUACAACCUGUAGUAUCAGAUCCUAUUUUUGAUAAAAAGGCAAUGUCCGACCUUUCGAUCAACCAUUUAAGUCAUAAUAGAGCUCCUUCUUGCGGAGGUAUGAAGAUGAUACUUUUAUGCGAAAAAGUAGCUAAAGAAGACAUACAAGUUAGGUUUUUUGAAGAAAAAAAUGGACAUGUUAUUUGGGAAGGGUAUGGAGAUUUCGCACCCACAGAUGUCCACAAGCAGACGGCGAUCGUGUUUAAAACCCCAAGUUUCCGUCUUCUACAAAUAGAAGAACCAGUACAAAUUUACAUCCAAUUGAAGAGGCCAUCAGAUGGUGUGACAAGUGAACCACAUCCAUUUGAAAUGUCACCAUUGGAUACAGGUAGUAGUGAGUCAUUAAAACGAAAGCGACAAAAGUUUGAUAACAGCCCAAAUGCGAUACUCUUGAGAGGUUUACAGGCAGAGGCUCAGAAGAAUCAAAUGCACUUAUGUAUAGGAAAGACAGGUGCUGCAGAAGCUGCUUAUCAAAAUGCUCAGUACUACAAUAUUAUCAAACCAGAACCAGUAGAAGCGGGACCAUUACCAUUUGGAAGAUAUACUACAAACUUAGGAUCUUAUUCGUUGCAAUCUCAACCUCAAACUCAAUCUCAACCUCAACUUCAAUCUACGCCUCAGCAGCAACUUCCACUGCAAUCUCAACCUUUAUCUAAUUUGCAAACACUAAGACCUCAAGUUUCACCAGGUCGAGCUACAUCACCUAUGGAAUACGGUUCAUAUAAUCUAAAGUACUUUAAUGUAACAUUUGUAUUAUUUAUAAUAUUAAAUUUGACACCGUUAAUAUUGGAUUUAUCUUACAGACCUCAAGUUUCACCAUGUCGAACUGCGUCACCUAUGGAAUAUAAUUCAUAUAAUCCACUUUUGGCACAAACACAUCUAUCUCCUUCGUAUCAACCAUCAAGUUCUAAUAUGACACAACAACCUUCAGUUGGAAUAUCUGUUCCAGAACAAUAUUCAUUUUUACAAGAAAGUAAUUUGUCUAAUACAGACCAAAUGAUAUUAAGCAAAGUUACAUCGAAACAUUUAAAUACUGGCCUGGAACCUAUAUAUAAUAAUGGUAAUCUAGAUAAGAUAGAUUUAGCUACGGAUUUAGGUAUCAAUCAGCAGUAUUUUGAUCUGACUCUAAAUACAGCAGGAUUAGGAGAAUUCGAAACUUUUGAUACCGAAUUGUCCACAAAUUUAUUAAGUGGACUAUCAAUAUCAGAAGAUUUAAAGGAGGAAGGAAACGAUAAUGUUAAAUUGGAAACGGACAAUGUUGGAGAAAAUAACAUGACUGACAGUUACACUAAUAUAACAAAAAAUACUAUUCAAGAAUUGUGUGAUUUAAAUGAUAUAUACAGACAUAACAAAAACGAUGACACUUAAAUAGUUCCGCAUGUGUUAAAAAUCAGCUUAUAAAAAUUGACUUUGGUGAUAUUUCUUGUUUAUGAAGUAAGGUUGUAUUUUAUGUUUUGUACAUAAAUAUUAAUUUUUUUUUUUUUUUUAAUGACCAAAUUUACGAUACUAAGUGCAAUGAUGAGAUAUUGUAAAUACUACAAGAAGUGUAUUACCUUGUUGCUGAUUAUCACGCUAGUUUAAAUAUAUUAAUACAAUAUAUAAAUAUAUUAACCCUUAUCGGUAGUCAGUCACGUCUCCCAUGACAACGAUAUUUUGACGUUGCGUUCAUCUGUCACAUAAAAAUGACAAAUGAAAUAUGUGUAUAUUGCAUAUAUGUAUAAACCAAAUCAGCUACAAUUUAAUGAGAAUUUUAUGAAAAUGGCUGAUGAUCGAUAAUGGCUAAAAUUAACACUUUGACUUGCCGCGCACGUUUCACGUGAUAUUUGCCCGUGGUGCCUACAUGAAUUCUUUUUUUUAUUAUGGGAUGCAUAUUUUGUUUAAUGCAUUAUUUGUGGUGUGGUCACUGGUGGUGAUCCUCAAGACACUGUAGACAAUUUUUGUAAUCAUCAGUUGUUUCAAACUGUUCAAAAAUGGUAAUAGAUUAUAAUUUAUGAAAAUCUAUAGUUGAUUUGUCUGAUCAAAUGAUGGCUUAUAAUUUAUCAUUGCGAUUAACUAUAAUAAUAUUUUACAAGAAAUUGGCAAUAGAACUUUACUGUGAUUACUUUUGUUGUAAAUUAAAUGAUGUUAUACAAACAAGUAGUAACUCGAAAGAUAUUUUAAUUCAAGAUUUUAGGAUAUAAAGUUUGCAAUGUUUUUAAUGAAAUGUUCUGAUGAUGAAGAUUGUAUUUUUUUUUUUUUUCUUUCAAGCAAUUACAUACAGAAAAAACGUCGUUUACACGUCACGCAUAUUUUCCUUGUAAUUAUAAAAUAAUCGUUGCAUGUUUUGUAUGCCAUUAUUUUCUUCAAACCUUUAUAAAAACAAUGGUAUUAUUUAUAAAUUUAUCAAUAUCGAUAUUUACUCCAAUCAUGUAUUUUUAUUAUUGGUCGUGUUGAGAGAUCACCGGUGACCUAUAACGGCAGUCAAUGUGUUAAUCGUGAAUUUAACUGUUAUACAAAGUUGAUUGAAAUUUGUUCAUUUGUAAUAUAUGUAUAUCACAUUUUUAUGUGAAUAUGAAAAUUAUUUGAA